AUGGAAGGCCAGCUUUUGUAUGAUCCCCUGGGAUGCUGCAGUCAACACCAAGACAGUUCCCAGGAUGCUGAAGACUUCCUACUCCUGUUGCUGGGUCUCAUCAUUAUUGUCAACACAGGGGUCAACAUGGCAACUGUGCUAUGGCAUUGGCUCCAGAACACCCUAGCCAAAAUGACCUGCUGGAUCAAUCAGAAAAAUGACAUCAUCCAGUCCUGUCACAUCUCCCCCAAAGAUCCAUGUCAGAGCUCAGCCAGGGACAUCCAUGUUCGCUGCACCCUGGACCCUGUUGAGGACUCUUUCCCGGACGAGGAUCUGUCCUUCCUGCAACCUAAGGACCUACGUGAGCGCUGGGGAGGAUUCUGCCCGAGGCCACACCUGCCCUCCAACCUGGGGCUUUGGGGCCGCCAGGGCGGCAUCCUGGCCAGCCUGCCGCUUCCCUCCUUCUACAUGUCUCCAGAGCUCCGUCGUCUGCCCAAGCGUGUGGAGGCCAAGUCAGAGCUGCGGCUACAGACCUACGGGCCCUGCUUCUCCCAAUCCCACGUCUGGAGCAACGUGGAAGCUGAACACCGGACCUCGCCUCUACAGCCUGCCCGUCGUCUCCCUCUGAACCCCUCCUGGGGCCCCGGGGAGCACAGUCCUCAGCCUUCAAGAGGUCACCUGCUACAUGAGUCCUGGGAGCAGCGGAGGCAUGGGCUGGAGGGUACUGAAGCCCCCCCCGCCCUGGUGCCCCGGUGCUCCAUCCGGCCCGAGGUCCAGGCCUGCCGAGAUCACUGCUCCCCACAGACCCACCGGCGGGGCCUCACCAGCUACAGUCACAGCCAACCCAAUCGAAGCCCCCAUCCAUCCACAGGACACUUGACUCACAGCUCACGGGAUCGCCAUGAGGUUCGGCGUCGGGCAGCAGAAUGUGCAGAGGCCAUGCCCACGCGCCACCCCUUAACCACCUCAGCCUCCCUCACCAUACUGGGUGAGGCAUCCUGCCAGCGAGGCCCAGCCCCUGCCUCGACCCUGCUCCACCACUGCUCCCAGCCCCUGCCUGUGGUCCAGGUUGUUGACCCUCCACCUCCCAUCUUCAUCCCACUCAGCCGGAGCCCGGGGGCCAAAGCUAACCAGGUGUAUGACAGCCUGGAGCUGAAGCGGCAGGUGCUGGAGAGCCAAGCGCAGACCACCUCCCUGCCACCUUGUGCCUCAGACUCCAGGCCACCUCUGCACAGAAGCCGCACUGGGAAGCUGAGCUGA